AUGUGCAUUGCAAUUCUAUCAACUGCUCAUCCGAAAUACAGAUUGAUUGUCAUCAAUAACCGUGACGAAUUCCUUCACCGUCCUACCUCCCGAGCAGGCUGGUGGCCAGAUCCCCAUACACACGUUCUCAGCGCGCGAGACCUCGCACGGCCAGUCCAUGGGACAUGGCUCGGAAUCACGAAACAAGGCCGCAUCGCUAUCCUCACAAACUACCAUGAAGACACCUGUGAAAAAGCCAUCGGAGCGUGCAGUCGCGGGACGAUUGUGAACUCUUGGCUUGCUCUCCCCGCAGACAGCAAGCAGACAACGGAAGAGUUCGUGACUCGGUGGGCUUCGGAUGAAAAAGCCAUCAAGAAUAUUGGCGGGUUUAAUCUGGUCUGCGGGAAGGUUGACGAGCCGUUGGCUGUUCUGUCCAAUCGGGCUGAGGAGAAGGAUGCUAAUACCGGGAAAGCCACUAGCAUUCGUUGGAUUGCAGCAAAACCAGGCCAGACAGUGGCCUUGAGCAAUACUGGGUUGUCGGAUCGAUCUUGGGAGAAGGUUAUCUCCGGGGAGAAGCUGUUGGAGAAGGCCAUCGCUGAACAUGCUGCAAGCGAGGGGAAGGAGGAUGAGGACCAGCUCAUACAGAGAUUACUCGGGGUUCUCAGUGUUGACACCCUACCUAGGUUAAAUGAUGCGGCGGGGGUGGAAGAUUACAUUAAGCACAUGCCCAAGAGCAUCUUCGUGCCGGUUGUUGGUCCCAAUGGUAGAGGUGAAGGCGAGACGACGGCAUCCGGAAUGAAACCAUCGCAGACCCCGACUGAGGUGGAGGUGCAAGAACGCCGUGAGGAGGAUGGUAAAGAGAAAGAGGCAGAGAAUGUGACUGUACUCCAGGGGAACAAUGGGAAGCUCAAUGUAGCCUACAUGCAAGGGUUAUACGGGACGCAGAAGCAGACGGUGAUCUUGGUCGGGUAUGAUGGGCGGGUGAGAUACUUUGAACGCACGCUGUACGAGGAUGAUGCCCGAGCUACGGAGGUACAUAGAAGAGACCGGUCGUACGAGUUUGUAAUUGAGAAGUGA